AUGAGCUUUUAUAUUUACCUCCGCUGCUUUUUCUGCUUUUCGAUAUUCUUUUCCCUUCGAUAUUUUCACCAUCAUUCUUUUAUUUGUUUUUUAUCGCCAUUUUUCUUUUCCCAUUCUACUGUAAUCGGAUUCUUCACUCACCUUUCUUUUUGCGUACCUUCGUCUCUCACCUGCACUUCAUUGCUAAAAUUUCUUUUUUUCUCUCUCCAUAUUUAUCUCUCUUUACGUUUAACUUCUAUUCUUUUCAACGCCAUUCCGCUCUUAUUAUUUCACCUUUCUUUAUUACCUCCAUUUUUAUCUCACCUUUAUUUUUCCACCAUUCGGUUCUCUCAGCUGUAUUUACCUCUACUCUUUGUCGCUCUUUGCAUUUUACACACAUUCUUUUCUCCCGGCGUUUUUUUUUUUUACCUCAUUAUUUUCUCUGUAUUAUUUUACAUCGUUAUUUUCUCCCCGUUCUUUUUACCUCAUUCUUUUCUCUACAUCAUUUUACCUCAUUCUUUUCUCUACGUUCUUUUCUCUCCGUUCUUUUACCUCAUUUUCUCCUCGUUUCUUUAUUCCAUUCUUUUCUCCAGGUUCUUUUACCUAAUUUUCUCCCCGUUUUUUUUUUUAUUCCAUUCAUUUCUCUCCGUUCUUUUACCUCAUUCUUUUUUCUCCGUUCUUUUACCUCAUUCUUUUUUCUCCGUUCUUUUACCUCAUUCUUUUUUCUCCGUUCUUUUACUCCAUUCUUUUCACACCGUUCUUUUACCUCAUUCUUUUCUCUCCGUUUUUUUUUUACUCCAUUUUUUCUCCACUUUUUUUUACCUCAUUCUUUUCUCCCCGUUUUUACUCCGCUGUUUUCACCCCGUCCUUUUACCUCAUUCUUUUCUCUCCGUUUUUAUUCCAUUCUUUUCACACCGUUCUUUUUUUUUCAUUCUUUUCUCUCCGUUUUUUUUACUCCAUUUUUCUCCACGUUUUUUUACCUCAUUCAUUUCUCUCCGUUUUUUUUUUACUCCAUUCUUUUCACCGUUCUUUUACCUCAUUCUUUUAACUAAGUUUUUUUUUACCUCAUUUUUUCUCCCCGUUUUACUCCGCUUUUUCACCCCGUCCUUUUACCUCAUUCUUUUCUCUCCGUUUUUAUUCCAUUCUUUUCUCUCCGUUUUUAUUCCAUUCUUUUCACACCGUUCUUUUACCUCAUUCUUUUCUCUCCGUUUUUUUAACUCCAUUCUUUUCUCUCCGUUUUCUUUUCUAUAUUCUUUUCUCUCCGUUCUUUUUCCUCAUUCUUUUCUUCCCGUUUAUUUUACUCACUUAUUUCCUCACCGUUUAUUUCUUUUUUCUCUGUUAUUUAUCUUUUUUAUUUUCUCCCCGUUCUUUUACCACCUGAUUUUCUCUCCGUUACUUUUCAACAUUCUUCUUUCUCCGUUUAUUUACCACAGUUCCUUUCUCUCCCACAUUUCUUUUACCACUUUUUUUUCUCCUCAUUCUUUUAACACCUUUCUUUUCUCCGUUAAUUUACACCAUUCUUUUCUCUCAGUUUUUUUAUACCACUAUUCUUUUGUCUCCGUUCUUUUACGCCAUUCUUUUCUUCCCGAUCUUUUACGCCAUUAUUUUCUCUUCACUCUUUUUAAUUAA